GGCGUGUGGACGGACGAGGAGGAUGCGCUGCUCGCGCUGUGGCAGGGCCGGGUGGGCAACAAGUGGAGCGAGGUGGCGCGGCACAUCCCCGGCAAGACGGGGCAGCAGUGUGCGCAGCGCUGGCGCCACCGCGUGAACCCCAACAUCUCCCGGGAGAAGUGGUCGGCCGAGGAGGAUGCCAGGCUGGCACUGCUGGUGGACAAGCACGGCAACAGCUGGGCCGAGAUCUCGCGGCGGCUGCCGGGG